AGCAACCCUGCUGUUUGACAUUGCGGCAACUCCACGCACAGCUGAGCUGACUAUUAUUUAAUCGCACAAUAUUUUAUUGGAAUUUUCGAAAACGUCAAUAAAACAGAACAAAACAAUAUGGCUAAGAGCCCCGAAACCGUUGCCCUGGAUCAGUUAGACAAGGAUCAGAUGAAAACAUUUUCAGAUUUUCUAAUGUCCUACAAUAAGCUAUCCGAGAUGUGUUUUACGGACUGUGUACGCGACUUUACCUCUCGCGAUGUUAAAGACACGGAGGAAAAAUGCUCGCUAAACUGCAUGGAAAAGUACCUGAAGAUGAACCAACGUGUGUCGCAGCGAUUCCAAGAAUUCCAAAUGAUUGCUAACGAGAAUGCACUAGCCAUGGCUCAAAAGACUGGCAAGAUUUAGGAGCUGUAAGCUCACUAAAUUUUUAAAUAGUUUAGAUAGCGAAACACAUACACACACAUACAUAUACCAGGAUACCGAAAUCAAACAAAUAGUGCAUUUCUGCUGCAUUUGUCAUGUCCUCAAUUAGAAGUUAAAUAAAUCCCAAAACAGCGUACAGGCCAGUUACAGUUGUUGAU